CCGCCCCGGCAGCCGGCGCGCCGCGAGCUCCCGUCGACACCGACACACGAACGUCGGCGCCGACGUUGAGCGCAUGCGCGCCGCGGCUGCUCCGAAUAUAGAGUUGUGAUACAGGAGCCGUGUGUUGGGCUCGGCUGCGUACGCGGCGCCGGCGGCGGCCGGAGCGAGCGGGCGCCGUAGACGGUACGGCGCGGCCGCCGCGGGAGCACGGUCGGACGGGCGCAGUCGUGCGGUGUCAGUGGGUGCGGACUGGUGCGGACUGGUGACGCCGCGGAGACGUGGUGCUGGUGCACACGGACGGACUGUGUACGGAGCGGGACGGAGCACAGUCCAGUGGUGUGAGACGGUGACUGGACGGCUUCUAAGGAUGAUAACACCGGACGGGAUUUGAAAGGAAUUAUGCAAGAUCGCGAUGACCACAGAGACAUGACAAUCAAGAGCAGCGGCAGUGAGAGUAUGGCUCCGCUCGGGAUGCGUUUUCCGCUCGAUUUCGACCUCAGCAUGGGACAGAUGGCGCAGGAGGAGGCGGACCAAAACUCCAGCUCUUCGAUGAAGGGCUACUCGCAGAAGAACUACCACAUCGGCGACGGGACGCUGUACAGCGUCAUGAUCCCGCACCAGACCAAGCAGGUGGCGAGGACGUACCGAGGGUCGACGCCCGGCCGCGGCAGGGGAAGGGGCCGAGGCCGGGGCCCGGCGGCCGCUACCGGCGGCGCGCGCGGCCGCCGCCAGCUCAAGUUCCAUCACCAGGCGCUGCCGCCCGAGUACCUGGAUCACUACGUGCAGCGCAUGAACCAGGAGGCCGCCUCGCUGCUGGCCCAGGAGGUGACGGCGCAGGCGGCGCGCGAGGCCAGCCCGCCGCAGCCGCAGCCGCCGCCGGAGCGGCCGGCCGCCGCCGCCGCGCUGCCGCACCUCACACCGGACGUGCUCAGCGCCGCGUGCCAGGCCGGUCGGCGGCACGGCACCAGCACCGUCCGGCCAGAGACGCUCAGCAAGGUGGCCUCGGUGAUCGCGGCCAACUCAAAGUACCGGCAGAUCCUACCGCGGCCGGCGCCGAACCGAGGCACGCGGACACGCGGCCGCGGUCGGGGGCGAGGACGCGGCUCACGAGCCAUUCCCGGCUUCAUCCAGGAGGUGCACGGCAGCAUGAACAAGGGCCAGGAGAAGAUCCUGGUAGAGAAAUCCUCCUACGACGGCGGCAGUCUCUUCCCGACGUCGGUAUCGGCACACCUGGUGAAGGCCAUUCCGGGCCCGUCGGCGGCGCUGGCGGCGGCUGCGGCGGCGGGCUGCGAGCCGCCGGCAGGGGGCGCUGAGGCGGCCGCCGCUGCCGCCGCCGCGCUCAGCCGGCUGCAGGGCGGCCUAGAGAGUCCCCUGGAGGGCCGCCACCGCAGCAGGAAGCCCCGCAAGGCCGACAUCUGUCACAUGGUGGACGGCGGCGGCAGCGAGCGGUCGCCCAGCUCGCCAGAGACCCCCGAUACGCCGCCCAUGUCGAUGUUACAAACACUCCUCAGCGCCAAACCGGAGCCGGGAGACGGAGCCGAGGAGUUCUACAGCCGCCUGCACGAGUACCUGCCCAUGUACCAGCGGCUGCUGGCCGGCGCCGGCGCGCACAGCGACUCCGGCGAGCAGGACGAGCCGCUCAACCUCUGCAUCCGCGACCUGAGCCUCAGCGACGGGCCGUCGGUGAAGUCGGAGCCGUCGGCCGACGAGUCGCCGCCCGACUCGCCGUCCGAGGCCGCCUGGGGCAGUGACUACGUGUUCUGGCCCGAGGCCGGCGUCAUGGUGCACCCGCUGAUGCUGGAGCACCACUGGCGGCAGCGGGCGAAGGGAGACGCCGCCACCUGGGCAGGGGACGCGCCCGACAGUCCCACAGACGCCGGCGGGGUGGCCGACGGAGGAUCGCGGCGCAAGAAACGCUCCCCGGCUCACGUGCUGUCGGGGGACUCCGCGUCAGCCGGCGCCGGGGGGUUCGGCUCCACCUCAGAUGUCAGCAUAUGUAAGUUCAAGUUCAAGGGCGGAGCCAACCCCAGUCUGCAGGAGAAAAAGAAGCUCUCGCUCAACAGCGACGGCCAGUUCCGCUUCUUCCAGAACGAGCGCACGCCGCCGACGGCGCCUGGCGAGCAAAGCGUAGCGAGCACGAGCAGCGAGCGGGCAGCGCCCAGCCCCGACCGCAAACGGAAGCGAGCCGGGCCCCUGGAGCAGCACCGGCAGCUGGAGAAGAAAUUUCGCGAGCAGGGCUUUCUGAUUCAGACGGCGCAGACUGAGUCGGCCGAGGGCGCCACCUACUGCAAAUUUCGUCAGCUGAAGAAGUUCACGCGCUAUCUGUUCCGCAGCUGGCGCGACUACCUUCCCGAGGAAGGCGAGGAGGGGGACACCGCCGCGCCGAGUGAGACGGCCGGCAGCGAGUCCCCGCCGCUGGCAGAGGUCAAGUUGUGACUGGGGCGGCCGCCGGAUCGGAGCUGGCCCGGCAAUCAGUGGCCGUUCCUCGCGGGAGGAGCGAGUGUCGACAGUGUGCGUGUGAAUGUACUGGUGACUAUGAGCUGGCGAGUGCCAGCCAGAGUGUAUUUAUCGCGUGAGUCUCAUCGAGUGGCGCAUUGUCCGUCCGCCGCGCGCCGCAUUUGUCACUUGUUAUUGUUGUCAUGUGCGAGGAGGGACAAACGUGCAAUGCCUAGUCAUGUGUUUGCAGUGCCAUUUUAAGCAAUAAACGGCCGUAAGUGCCUUCGCACACCGCCCAGAGAA